UAACAAAUGAUUCAUGCUGAUUUCCAACCUGAUUCUAGUCAUCAGAAUGAGUCAAUUUGCCCAAGUCAACCACUACUGGUGCAGGGACUAUACAAGAAGAUUCUUGUUUCUCGAGCUCCAUCGUCGACUUGUAGUCAAAGCUCAAAACGAACCCAAACUUUACUUCGCCCGUCGUUCCUUCUUCUGGUGCGACAUUGAACUUGAGGACAAGUUUUCCGAGCAGCCGAGAGUGAAUAAACUCCUUCUCUCCCUCGAGCUCUUCCUCUGAGUCGUCCAAAAGGUCUCCCAUGUCGUCAUUGGGGCUCAGUUGGUAGCUGCCUUUGGGGAGAGAGACGGGGGCAAGUGAAACCUUUCCCCCCUUCGUGAAAGACGGUUCCAGCUGCUGAAACGAGAUGCUCACAACGUGAUUGACUGGGUUUGAUACCGACAGGAGGACUUCGCACGGGGCACCAGCAACCAGACUCGGAGGCUUGAGAAUACGAAUCUGCGGAAAGGUGUGCAGAGCGAUUUGCUGGAUUUUGAAACGGAUCGAGCUUGGGUUGAUUUCAGCCUUGAGGAGAAUGUGGUCGCAGCCUUUGCAUCGGAGGAGCUUCUUCCCGAUAAGGUGCAGGGGUCGCGGGGUGAACUGCUCGACUCUCGCCGGCUGGUGGGCGGGGUCUAACAGACGCUGUUGGAGUGUCGCAAUCUUCUUCAAUUCGGGCUCUCCCGAGUAAAAUCCGUCCGGGAUUUGGUCCGGACAAUCCGUGGAUUGCGUGGCCACUUUGUUGACGACCGACUUGUUCCAAGUCCCUUGCAGCGAGGCACGCCGUAGCUGCUUGGGGCUGUCUGAAGAUGCCCCCUUCACAAACUUCGAGGUGUCCAACAACCCGCCGUAGCUUCUUCCGCGACGCCCGACUUUUUUCGCUUUCUCCCUCUCAGCCUGAUCUCGCAUAGAAAACUCCUUGUAGAACGACACGAGUUGCGAAACUCUCUCCUGGUGAGGGCUCAGAGGAUCCUUGAAAUCGAUUGGAGAUCUCUUGUCUUUGAUGCCCACGUCUCGAGUACUCCAUUUGCAGUGGGUACACGAGAGAUAGUAGGAUUUGGUGCCGCCGGGUGAACGAGCGAGAGACGGAGAUUUCGACGAAGGAGACUCGGUUUUCUUGGGCGAUUGCUCGGCUAGCACCUCGCUCGGGACGAUUAUGGAGCGCGUGGUGAGCGUGGAGGAGCAGCGCGGGCACUGGAAGCAGUGGUUGCAGCGGUUCUUCCUGUUCUUGGCCUCGGAGACUGGCACGGUCUCGAAGCAGUGCGGACAGAAGUAGGUGUCCACUGUGAUAGAGACGCAGUCCUGGCAGCGAGCGACCUUGCAGUGGCGGCAGAAGUAGAGGUCGGUGAGCGGGGCCGGCUGGGAGCACGAACACGAGUAGAGGACCCGUUUCAGGUAGUGGAGAGACAGCGCCAUCUUCGCCGAGGGCCCUUAGUGCUCUCUAAUUAGAAAAAGCUGCGCAUAGGUAGCGCACAGUGUGCAGCCGGCCACUACUAGGGACCAUGUGGAAUUGUGCAGAGACCCUCCUUUGUAACGCAACGAAGUAUCUACCAAGACCCAUCGUAGCUCACAACUACACCAUUAUCCCUACCUCUCACCCGCCCGCCCACUCCUUCCCCCUCCUCUCGACAUGCUGUACCAUGUACUCCACCCACCACGGCCCCGCCCGACAGCAGAGCCACACCCCCAGAGGAGGAGGCUCACCGGAAGACGAGGGUCUACUCAGGAGGGGGUGGAGAAAGCUAGCUACACUCGUCUCUGCUUUCAUGUCGGGCACCAAGGGUCUGUAUAAAGAUGCGAAAGCAAUGAAUGAGUUGAAGAGGCGACAUAGGCUCGUGAUCACGGGGUGUGCUCCAAAUGGAACUGGACCCGGUACAACCGACCUAGGAUUCAACAGAACAGAGCUACAAUUCAUCUAUCAGACGCAAAAAGAUCUGAAGAAAAUGCUGCCAACGAUUGUUCUCUUUUUCGUCCCCUUUUUUGGCUACUUUGUGCCACUCAUUGUGUUCAUGUACCCUCAUCGCAUGUUGAGCAGCCAUUUUCUGACUAUUGAGAAGAAGACAGAGUUACAGAAGGCGGCCACCUCUGCUAGAGCUGCCAACCUCUCCUCUCUUCUGUCCACCGAUGGGUAUUCUGAGGAAUUGAGGUGUUUGGAAGCCAGCCUGAAUAAUCCAGAGGAGAGGGAGGGAGGAAGAGGAGGAGAGGAUGUGGAGAGAGAAUCACAGGAUGGUGGGGACUUCAGGAAUGUCCGAGGUCAACAUCUAGAGAAUAUCUGUGGAAUGUGGGGUGUGGCUGGAGGUGUCCUGCCCCGCCUACUUCCCUGGCUCCGUGGCUCCGCCCUGAGGUCGCGGUUGGAAUCUCAUCUUCGCUACAUUUUCACCACUGAUUGUCUGAUCAAGGUCGAAGGUGGACCCAAUCACCUUGAGAAGAAAGACUUGGAAAAGCUGUGUUUGGAGAGGUGUCUGGUGAGCGAAGAGGAGAGGGAAAUGGAGGAAUUCCUUGAGAAAUGGGUCCACAUCUCCACAGAGUUCCACGGUCAGUUCCCUCAGAGAGACUCCUCCUCUUUCUCUCAUACACCAUGCACUCAGUAGUGAACCUUUCACCUCAAAAUUUGACACAAGUAAAUUAAAAAUCGGUAGUGUACGGUAGUAUAUACUUAGUGAUGAAGCUUUAAGAAAGACUGGUCUAAGAAAUUGAACAAUUAUUUCACCACACCACAUUCAGAGAAAAAGUGCUGAUUUUUUUUGCUAUAUAGCUCUUGCCCAUUCCAAUCAUCGCCAACUAUUUAUAGGAGUUGUUACAAUACUCCAUUUCCUACAGAGUGUCCACCGUACUUGCUGGCCCAUCUGCCUCUCCUGCUCCAACAGUCAAAGCGGAGAACACACUGACAUAUUUAGCCUCUCCUAUCAUUAUAGUGUCACCAUUUUCUAAUAAAAGACAAUAUUUAUGGUGUUUGUGUUUGCACUUCUGCGUUGAUACUUAGCACAGUGCUUAAUGUGUGUGUAUAUAUGCUAUAUGGGUGUCUUGCUGAAAUAUAAACACUGCAUGGUUUGUUACCUUGAACUAUGAUGCUCCUAUAAUUAUUAUGUUGAUCAUUGGGUGAGUGUCUGCACAUGAAUCAUGAUGCAAACAGGAAAG